GCUCGCGCGGCGUGGGUGGGAGGCUCCUGUCUGUGAAGGUCCGACUCUUCCCUCCACAUACCUGCGCCGGGUCCGCCCUGCCGGACAGGUGCUUCGCUCGGUCCUGUCCCCGGCGCGCACGGCCUGCUGCGUCACCACCCCGCCUGACCCCGCUGCCCGGCCUCCCACCGGCGGGGUCAACUGUCCGCUGCCCGGCCUCCCGGCGGGGUUAACUGUCCGCUGCCCGGCCUCCCGGCGGGGUCAGCUCCCCGCUGUCCGCUGCCCGCUCCAGCAUCCUCCGUGUCCGCCUCGCUCGCGGACCGAGCCUGGAGAAGCAUGAGCGGCGGAGGCCGCGCGGUGUGAGAGGUCACCGGCGGCGGACGGUGGGACGCAGUGCGCGCGCGUGACGCCGUGUAACGCCGCGUGACGCCGCGUGACGCGUGAUGGCGUCGGGACGCCCGGUGGGACUGUGCCUGACGCUGGCCGCCCUGCUCGGGGCCGCCUCCGCCGACAUGUACGACGGCUUCGGAAGCUUCUUCCAGCAGCCGUUCUUCACGCACAGGAUCCGGCAUCACAAAGAGCACGUGAAGGAGCUGACCUGCGGGAAGCUGUACUACCGCACCUUCCACCUGGAUGAGCGGCGCGACACGCUCUACGUCGGCUCAAUGGACCGCGUCAUGCGGAUAAACCUCAGCGACAUCAGUCAGACGGACUGUCAGAGAGAUUCGCUUCUGUUGGAGCCGACGAAGAGCACUGAAUGCACUUCCAAGGGCAAAAAUCAGCACUAUGACUGCCGGAACCACAUCCGCGUCAUCCAGCCGAUGGGAGACGGCGGUCGGCUGUACGUGUGCGGCACCAACGCCCACAACCCCAAGGACCUGGUUAUAUACGCCAACCUGACCAACCUGCCUCGCACCGAGUUUGUGCCGGGCAUCGGCAACGGCAUCGCCAAGUGUCCGUUCGACCCGGACGACAACUCGACGGCAGUCUGGGUGGAGCACGGCAACCCGGGCGGCCUGGCCGGCCUCUACUCGGGCACCGUGGCCGAGUUCACCAAGGCCGACAACGUCAUCUUCCGCACCGACCUCUACAACCUCACCACCAAGCGGCGCGAGUUCAUGUUCAAGCGCACCAUCAAGUACGACAGCAAGUGGCUCGACAAGCCUAACUUUGUCGCCUCAUACGACAUCGGCGAGUACGUGUACUUCUUCUUCCGCGAGACGGCACUGGAGUACAUCAACUGCGGAAAGGCCAUCUACUCGAGGGUGGCACGCGUCUGCAAGAAGGACACUGGCGGCAAGAACAUCCUGAACCAGAACUGGGCCACGUACAUCAAGGCGCGGCUCAACUGCUCUAUCCCGGGCGAGUUCCCGUUCUACUUCAACGAAAUCCAGUCCAUCUACAAAGUGCCCGGUGACGACACGCAGUUCUACGCCGUGUUCACCACGUCCAUGAACGGCCUGAUGGGCUCGGCCGUCUGCUCCUUCACGCUGCGCGACAUCCAGGCGGCGUUCGACGGCAAGUUCAAGGAACAGAAGACGUCCAGCUCGGCCUGGCUGCCGGUCAGCCGGUCUUCGGUGCCGGAGCCGCGGCCUGGACAGUGUGUCAAUGACACACAGACGCUGCCAGAUACGGUGCUGACGUUCAUCCAGUCCCACCCGCUGCUGGACGGCGCCGUGGCGCACAACAACAACAAGCCCGUCUUCUACAAGCGCGACCUCAUCUUCACACACGUGGUGGUGGACAAGGUGACCUCGGGCAGCUUCGGCAGCCAGCGCGAGUACACCGUCUACUACGCCGGCUCCAACGACGGCCACGUGUACAAGAUCGCCGAGUGGUACGACGCUCGCGGCGCCUCGCACGCGGCUCUGCUCGACAUCUUCCAGGUCACAGCGCCCGAGGCAAUCCGCCAGAUGGCGCUCUCUCGCCGGCACAAGUCACUGUACGCGUCGUCGGACGCACAGCUGCGCCAGGUGCGGCUCGAGAUGUGCAACGGCCGCUUCGACAACUGCCUGCGCUGCGUACACGACCCGUACUGCGGCUGGGACAAGACGGCGCACGUGUGCCGGCCCUACACGCCUGGGCUGCUGCAGGACGUGACCAGCUCGGAGCCGGGUCUCUGCGACAGCUCGGUCAUGCAGAAGAAGCUGACGGCCACCUGGGGCCAGUCGCUCCACCUGGGCUGCGACGUCAAGCUGCCGCGCGCGCUCGACCAGCGCCAGGUCACGUGGUACCUUUGGACCAAGGAGAGGGGCAGGCACCGGAUCGAGUGGACCCCGGAGAAGUACGUGCGCACCCAGGAGAACGGCCUGGUCGUGCUGACCGUUAAGGAGGAGGACGCCGGCACCUACGAGGCGCAGCUGGGCACCGACCUUCUCUGCAAGUACAUCAUCACGGUGGACGUGCACCGCUGCUCCGCGCCCGACAAGUCGCAGGACUAUCAGAAGAUUUACUCGGACUGGUGCAGCGAGUUCGAGAAGUACAAAAACGCCAUGAAGAACUGGGAAAAGAAACAAGCGCAAUGUCGCAACCAGAACCGGAGCGCGAGUCCCAACGCUCACCCCAACGAGAUCUACCAGAGGUCUCCCUUGAUAUGAGUGCCUCUGUCACACGAUACUGCGAAGCGUUCGUGAACGAAUCAAAAUGCGACCGAUGCGCAGGUCGUCUCAGACCGCGGACUGGACUCCUCUGUGAGCAAUAAAUUCAAUGUCCGUGAAUCGGAAAGCUCCCGACCGAAUACUCCCGCUCGACGCCCCUUGCUGUGAUCAAUGCAACUUCGAGUGCGAUUGCCGACCGCUAGAUGGUGGACAUGGACGCGGGCUUGGCACAGCGCCGUGUCGACGAAGGUGUGAGUGUUAAAUGGGCGACGUUGUUGCACUGUGGGAGCAGGGAGAUCCAGUGGCUCGUGCAAGCGAUGGAACUGACCACCGAGCACCCCUGGUAUUACGCGCUAUCGCGUUGAUUCGUGUGCAGAGGUUUUGUAUGGUCGCGUUUUUAACUCGAUCACGUGCCGAACCGGGAUCAUUUGCCCUGCAUAGCUGAUUUUGUUGCGUACAUGCUAUCAGUAUUGUCUUCCAUGCUUCGAAAUUAGUUUUUGCAUCAUUGUAUUUUGCGACUUGCUGAAGACGGUUUUUCGAGUAGUUUGUUGUGGACCCGCCAGCGUCGUACAAUCGCCCGCGCCCAGCUAUUCAUUCGCUACGCUCCUAUCUAGAGUUCGCCGUUCCUUUCGGCAUAUCACGUGACAACGCCGGCCGGUAUGCGUGUUGCAGAGUCUAUUGUACAUAGCUCCAUGUAUGGAAUGACGUUCUGUACAUGAAAUGACUUCAUAAUAAUAAAUCUCAUCCGAUUUUUGUACGC